AUGUCAGGACACACCGAAGUGAUGCGCCCAUUGUCUAUUUCUGGAUACAUCGUGGUGAUUGGCGUGGGUUUCCAAGGGAUUUCAACCGAAUAUCGUCGGCCCGCAAUCAAGCCGUCUACAACUCAAGCUCACGUCGAGCCUUUACCGAGUGAGAAUGUGGCCGCGGUCCCCUCUCUCGUCUUGAGCUUUAUUCACGACAUCUGUGAAUAUUGCGACUUUAGCGACGGUGAAUUUCUGAAGAGUGAUCUUCUCCAAUGGUGUCUCGUGUCCCGCGAGUGGGCAGCCUACCUACGACUGCUAUGUUUCGAAAGGAUCACUAUCCCGUCCAAAGAUCGUGCGCAAGCCUUCUUGACACUCUUAGAAUCCAGCGAAGCAGCAGGGACGAGGCUUGGGCAGUAUGUUCAGGGUUUGAUAUUAGAGGACCCCUUAACGAGCGAAGCGUGGUUCCCUAUCGCGCUAUCUGCUCGGUUACAGCUCCCCGGCUGCAAACAUCUACAUCUAAAUGUCAAACGUCCUCCCGCUCACAAGAAACCGAAGCCUCACUCCCUCUCCUCUUCUCUUCCCGCGGAACAUCUCCAGUCCCUGGCACACUUCACCUAUGUCUACCUUGGCAAAGCUCACAUUCCCUCUUUCGAUGACCUUCUCGCGUUCAGCGGCGCACUCUGCGGCUUUGGCUAUCUGAACUGUAAUCAACUGUCCUACGAGGAUUGCACCUGCCUCGAAGGAGACUCUCGUCUUCCUCAGUUGGCCUCGGGACACAGAGCGAUCUCUCGGGAAAUAUUUAUCAAUCGGUGCAAGAUACGCUGGCCCUUCAUAUGGCUGCUUCUCACCACGAGUCUGCCCGCCGCGCAUACCCCACGGACAAAGAACUUCGCACGCUAUAUUGACCCAGGGGAGCUACCGAAGUUGGAGAGUGUGGCACGCUGCGUCAUGCAGAGCUGUGGAGACGAAUGCCUCCACCAUAAGCUAGAGAUAGACGGUCAAACAGACGGAAGCGCAACAACACUACGCAUGAGCUGCGAAUGUGGACCUGGCUCUCCUGUUGUCGAGGCCUCGAUCUCGUCUGCUACAGGUUUGGUCACGGACGUCCGCGCGGUGUGCGAGCAGUGGGCAGAGAAAGACGGAGAGCUGUCUCUGCUGAUCACAGAUCUCGUACAGCGUUAUCGCUGGGAAGAACUCGAUGAAUGUCUGUCCGCGUUCGGUGAGAGCAUGACGGAGUUCUCCGUCCGAGCGCGAACGGACGAGGAACACAUGAGGGGUUUUGCGGAGCGUAUAGCAUCAUCCAUGCCGCACUUACAACAAGCCGGGAAGCUGCAGCUGUUCUAUGCAGAGCCUUUGGGAGGGUGUGGCUGGGACAACGAUAUGAGCCGGGAUUUCUGGAAAUUUGAGUGGAAGGAGCGCGUCUUGUAG